UUAUUAUCAACGUGACACAAGGUCGAAAUUUGUCUAGCCGUUACUUAAUACGUUAACUUCGUAUCAAUUUUAUGUGGAUAUCGUUGAUUAUAAUAAGUGACAGUUUAUUGAUCUCACUGUUGAUUUAAGGAUCAGAGUGUAAUUGUAAGUCUAUUAACAAUAACCAAACAACAUUAGAAAGCGUGUAAUUUUACUCUUAAAACAUUGAAACAAUAAAAAUGGAAUCAAUGGAUAACUCACAAUCCCCAAAAGUGAAGUGCAGUGAUGAUAUAGAUGUGACAAGUGAUAAGUUGGUGAUGAAAGUGGAACCUGACGAUAGUGAUGAAGUGAAGGCAGUAGUGAAUAGAAAAUAUUGUUUAACGGAUAUCAUCGAUCAACUCAGAUGCCAGAAUAAAUUGAAAGUUCUCAGCAGGACAACCACCAUCUUAUCAAUAACGGGCUGCCAUGGUGGGGGUCGCAGCCAGGCCACUCUGAUGCUCGCGCCGCUGUCAUCACGUCGCGCCCUGGACGCUGAGGCUCCGGUCGUCUGGCCCGCAUGGUGCUACUCAGGUGAAGGCGGCGGCGGUGGAGGAGCGGCGCGGCGGUGCGCGCGCGAUGCCGCGGCGUCGCCGGUGCACGCGCAGGCGCCCACGCCCGCGCCCGCUCCGCCAGCUCCGCCAGCUCCACCCGCUCCGGCCGCCCCGGCCGCGCCGCCCGCGCCACAAGCCCACGUCAAAAGCGAGCGGCUCAGCCCGCACGAUUCCACAGCUUCCCGGUCCCGCAGCGUCACGCCGUCCACAUCGUCGUACCCGGGCACGCCGCCUGAGCGCGGCAGCCCGCACGCUCCUCCUCACCCCGCGCCAGCCCUCCCCCCGCGGAACUACUCCGACAUAAUGCGAUCGCUUGCCGCGAAAUAUAAUAACCAUUCGCAUUACGACUAUCUAUACCGCAUGAAUGGUUUUACCGCGGAGCGAGCCACGACAUCGCCACAGGCAGACACAAUAGAUGCACCACUCGGAGGUUUAUUCACAAAGCUGGCAAAGAAACAAGGAGGUUCGCCUAGAGUACCCGCCUUCCCAAUCAUGGUGGACAUGAGCUAUACAAAGGCACUCCUAGCGAUAUCGAGGAUGCAGCGUGGGGGAAGGUCGAGGCUCAAGCGCGCACGCGCAGGCAGCAUUCCAGAACAUUACCCGCUUGACCUGUCGGCAGCCGGGGACAGCGGCUACAAGAAGGCAAGGCUCUCGGCCAGCCCCAGCACGAGGAGCGACACCGACGAGCGUGACAGGAUCUCUAAUGAUGAUCGGGGAGAAGCCAGGGGAGAAUGUAUGUGCGCCGAAGCCAGAGCUCGUCUAUCAGCGUGGUCAGUCGAUGAAGUGUGCGAGUUCGUCAGUUCUAUCGACAAUUGCGCCGAAUACGCAUCGAACUUCAGAGACCAAAGAAUCGACGGCGCUGUGCUGCCCCUCGUCACAGAAGAACAGCUAACAGGAAUGCUACAAAUGAAGCUUGGCCCGGCGCUGAAACUCAAAAUGGCGCUCGCUAGUCGACUAGAAACCUGCAGUCAAUGCCGGGCCCUCAACCCGACCACUUCAACUCAACCGGCAACCGGGCCCAAAAUCAAUGGUACUUCAGUCAAAUCGGAACCAAGAAGCAACACCACCAGUCCUAGUUAAAAAAAAAACAAAUUUAAAUACGUUCUAUUUCUAUAUCGCGUUUUUUUUUUUUGUUUUACUGCAUUAAUUUUAGAUAGAGUUUUUAAUUGUUUAUCCGUGAAGGCAAAGGAAUAGGUUACAUUUAUCUGAUAGAGAAUACAAUAAAAAAGUCACUAAAAACUGUGUCUGAAAUUUAAAUGUAUUUGAGUACCACCCAUCUGCAACUUGGUCCAAUAAUAAUCACCAACUAUUAAAAAACGAUUUUUUUUUUUUGCAAAUUUAACUAGAGCUGCGUUCUUUUAAGCAUUAUAUGUAUAUAUAACAUUGUUUUAAACCAUAGAAUCUGAUCCAGCAGCUUAUAUUUUAGGUGUUUGAUCAAUAAGGGCAGCUCCACACGGUAAUCAUAAUAAUUCUAGUUAUAGUAGAGUAUUAGUCACUUCCACAAUCGUAAAGUCUUCCUGAUGUAGAUUUUGCAUUUAGUUAUCUUUUAAGGCGCUUUAGAAUUUACUUAGGUAAUUAAUUUUAUUAACUGUAAAUAAACUUGUCAUAGGUAACGUGUUGCCGUCCAAAUGUAUUGAGUGUUGAAAAUAAUUGUGAAAUGUUUUUGUAUGUGCCCUUGUACAGUUUGUUGUUAUGUAAUUUCCUUACAUGUUUUGCUUAAUUAAUUUUCCAUUAAUUGUCUAUCAUCUAUAUCUAUCUUAGCUAUCUAUCUUUAUCUAUCUAUCUUUCUAUCUAUAUCUAUCUAUCUUUCUAUCUAUAUCUAUCUAUCUUUUAUAGAUAAAAGAGGAAAAAUGGCAAAUAGUAACACUAAUAUUUGUAAAUUACUUUAAAACAGUAUUUCCGAUAUUAAGGUGCGUAUAAAUUAUAUAACAAAACAUGUGAAAUGUUGUAAAACAUAUUUCAUUGUAAUGUGGACACUAAAUUUUAUGAAACAUCUUAAGUAUUGAUGUAUUUAACAGGUUAUUAUUGUUACCUUCAAAUGUAUAACUAACACGUGCACGUAUACGUAUACUCUAGAUGCGAUGGUGCGGGGCGCAAGCUGGCGAAGUGGAAAUGGAAAAUCUUUGAAAUUAACAUAAUCCUUAAAUCACUCACAGUGAAAGACUUAUAUAUCCACAAUACAUCUUUAAUGACUAAAAUCCAUAAUACAUCUUUAAUGAUUUAAAGAUAUGUUAUGGAUUUAUAAGUCUUUUUUAGGUUUCUGGAUAAGCAAUGAAUCAUCAUUGCCUACCCGGAAACCUAAAAAAGAACAAAAAAUUGUUACAUAAUCUGUCCGCACCUUUACCGAAUAUCAGACUUAAUAUUUUCAAAACUAAAAGCAGCUAAUAUAUUUAUUGAGUUCUUAUGACCUAAACUACAUACAAAAAUGUUUGUCACAAUUUUUUUAAAUAAAGAAGUUUCGGUGCUAAAAGACCCUGAGAUAAUAUAUGUAUGUGUCUACUUAAUGAUAGUAAUAUUGUUUGUAUAUAAAUGGCCUAAAUGUAUAAAUACCACAUAAUAUUUGAGGCUACAAGGGAAGUAUAAUACAGGGUCACAAAUUUAUACACUUAUACUACAAAUGUAUAGUUAUAUAAAUGUAUAUAUUAUGCGUCAUUUUUUGCGUCAUUUAUACAUAGCAUUUAUGUACAUCACACCUGAAUGAAAGCUCAGAUAUUACAUACUUAUAAAAUUAUUACUACAGAUAAAAACACAGUAUAUUAAUGGUUAGUAUAAUUUUAAAGACGUAUUUUUUGAGUUUUUUGUAUAUAUGUAUGUCAUACCCAAUUACAUAAGAGUAGUCAAUAUUAGUAAACACGGUUUUUACCUGUGGUUAUCUCCUUAAUUGCCAAAAUAGUAUAUAGAUCAGUAUAUACGAUUUUAACAAUAUUUUGUGCAUCAGUGAUUGUAUUUAAUUUUUACGACCUGUAUAUAUGAGGUCGUUUUUCUUCAUAUUUUGAAACAGACUGAAGCGAUUCAUUAAUUUUUAUUAUUUUUACAUCACCAAUUUGAGUAUUCAAAAACUGUAAAAUACGCUGUUUUUAAAUAUUCGAAAAAUAUAAAUUUAAAUUUGAGUAAUUAAACGGAAUUUUGAAAAGGUGCUAACUAGUAACUUCUACUUAAAUCUCCUGUGCCUUAUCAUCAGUCUUCCUUUAAUAUAAAAUAAAAUAUAUUUUCAAGAGUAUUACGGUUCUACGCUUUAAACUGACGUUAAAAUAUAAAGAUACUUAUAAAGAGUGAAUUGACGAAUUUGUGUUAGCUGAUAAUAUUAAUAUAAUGUAGAUCACUGCUUUCAUUUGUAACUAAUGUAUCAUAAGACGGACCAGUGACUUACAAUGUAUAAAGUAUAAAUAAAAUGUAUAUACGAUUACAUACAUAAAUAAUAAUUUUAUUCGUCUAGAUUUUUUAUUUUCAAUGAGUACGAGAUGGUGAAAUGUAUGUGGAAUUUUCCUUUAAACUUAAUAUGUAUUUGUGAAUUAUAUAUCUAUCGAAAGUGGAUUAUGUAGGAAUAACACAGGAAAACAAAAUCGCACUUUUAUUUUGUUGCAUGAAGUUUUCUACUUUUACUGAUUUGGGUCUGCUAAUUUCGAAUCUACCCUCAGUUUUUUUCAGAAAAACAGUAUGCAACAAACAUGCUGUUUUCCUUUGUUUUUUAUUCAUUCUGAAGAUUUACUUAUUUGUGCUUCGAACCCACGAUCACUGUUUAUUAUUUCUCUUUAAAAAGAAUUUGUUUUCUUGGUUAGGCCACGAACUUUUGAUUCACUCUCGUAAUUGUAAAAUCGACAAGUAAAAAAAUCAUUUUUGCUGUAUGUAUAUAUAUUUAUAAGAUCUAAACCACUUAACUUUUUCUUAUCUUAGGAUGUUCAGAAUCAUGUAAAAACAUGAUAAAUAUGUUUCUUUUAAUUGACGAUUUAUAUGAAAAAACAAUGUUUGAUGUUGAAUGAAUAUUUGUUUUUUUGUUACUGUUUAAGUAUAACAGUGUUUAAGUCAGUCUGUUACUAGCAUUCAUGUACUUACGAGUAGAUAAAGUAGAUUUUUAGGUCGUACGGACUGAGUACAGUCCAAUCCAUAAGUAUUUAUGAGAAGAAUAAAUUGACCGAUUUAUUGAAACAA